AUGAUGUGUUUGUUACAGGCCGCAGCAUUAUACUGCUCGAAUCCAGAGUCCGACUUCUUCGACUUCGUCUGUCUACCGUUUGGCAAAAAUAUGGUGCCACAGAAUCCAAUGCUUCCGCUGAUUGCUGUUCCCACCACGGCUGGCACUGGCAGCGAAACGACAGGUUCAACUGAAUACCGUAUUGAUUCAUUUCAAGACUUCACUUACCAGAAAGUGCUGCAAUUAUGGACCUUCCGAAACAUCAGUGUAAAUCUGGCAUACGACAACGGUGUAUCAAACCCUUGCUGGCCAUUGUUGAUCCUGAAAAUAUCAAGAGGCAAUAUGCCUCGAAAUGUGGCCAUCUACUCCGGCUUUGAUGUGCUCUGUCAUGCGCUCGAGAGCUAUACUGCGUUGCCUUACACAAAGCGGGUACCACGUCCAUUACGGCCGGACCUUCGUCCUCUCUAUCAAGGAUCAAAUCCAAUCAGCGAUGUAUGGAGUCUUGAAGCGCUGAGGAUAAUGGGCAAAUAUUUCCGUCGAAGUAUACAAGGAUAG